CGGAAAUUCAAACUACCUCUCGUGUCGAAGGCCUCAACAGCAUUGUCAAACAUCUAUUAACAGCAAGUAGCAGUUUGUGUGAUCUUAUCGAUGCACUCAAUGCAAGACUUCAAGAUGAGACACAAUGGAAUCA